GACAGUGCGGCCUUAUGGACCUCGCCAGCGGAGAAGGCGGACAUCAAGAAGCGCCUGGUGAUGUUGAAGCAGCGCCAGAGCACCACUGCAGUGCGCCAGGGCAAGAAGGUGUCGCCCACGCUCCGUGAUGGGGCACUGCUGUGUGCGCUGUGGCAAUCCGGGGCAUAUGCCCAGUCGGAGGAGGAUUGUG